AAGGCCCUGAGAGGUUCCGUGCCCCUGGUCGGGCUGCUUGUUUGGCUGCUGCCGUCACCUCAUGGCGACGCGGGUAGAGGAGGCAGCGCGGGGAAGAGGCGGCGGCGGCGCUGAGGAGGCGAUUGAGGCCGGACGGGGCGGACGGCGACGCAGCCCGCGGCAGAAGUUUGAAAUUGGCACAAUGGAAGAAGCUGGAAUUUGUGGGCUAGGGGUGAAAGCGGAUAUGUUGUGUAACUCUCAAUCAAAUGAUAUUCUUCAACAUCAAGACUCAAAUUGUGGCACAAGUAACAAGCAUUCCUUGGAAGAGGAUGAAGGCAGUGACUUUAUAACAAAGAACAGGAAUUUGGCGAGCACAGCAUACUGCACACAAGAGUCAAGAGAGGAAAUUCCUGGGCGAGAAGCUCGAACGGACCCCCCUGAUGGUCGGCAAAAUGCUGAGUACAACAGGAACAAAGAGAAAACCCUAGGAAAAGAAGUUUUAUUACUGAUGCAGGCUCUAAACACCCUUUCAACCCCAGAGGAGAAACUGGCAGCUCUCUGUAAGAAAUACGCUGAUCUCCUGGAGGAAAGCAGGAAUGUCCAGAAGCAAAUGAAGAUUCUACAGAAGAAGCAAGCCCAGAUCGUGAAAGAGAAAGUUCACUUGCAGAGUGAACACAGCAAGGCUAUCUUGGCAAGAAGCAAACUAGAGUCUCUUUGCAGGGAACUUCAGCGUCACAAUAAGACGUUAAAGGAGGAAAAUAUGCAGCAGGCACGAGAGGAAGAAGAACGUCGUAAAGAGGCAACUGCACAUUUCCAGAUUACUUUGAAUGAAAUCCAAGCCCAGCUGGAGCAACAUGACAUACACAAUGCCAAGCUCCGUCAGGAGAACAUCGAACUGGGAGAGAAGCUGAAGAAGCUCAUCGAACAGUACGCACUGAGGGAAGAGCAUAUUGAUAAAGUGUUCAAACACAAGGAACUGCAACAACAGCUUGUGGAUGCCAAACUUCAGCAAACGACACAGCUGAUAAAGGAAGCCGACGAAAAGCAUCAGAGAGAAAGAGAGUUUUUACUAAAAGAAGCAACAGAAUCCAGGCACAAAUACGAGCAAAUGAAACAGCAAGAAGUCCAACUGAAACAGCAGCUUUCUCUGUAUAUGGAUAAGUUUGAAGAAUUCCAGACUACCAUGGCAAAAAGCAAUGAACUGUUUACAACCUUCAGGCAGGAAAUGGAAAAGAUGACAAAGAAAAUUAAAAAACUGGAAAAAGAAACGAUAAUAUGGCGUACCAAAUGGGAAAACAAUAAUAAAGCACUUCUGCAGAUGGCUGAAGAGGUGAGAUGGUUUCCUGCAACUAAGAAAACAGUCCGUGAUAAAGAGUACAAGGCCUUUCAAAUAAAACUGGAACGGUUAGAGAAGCUGUGCAGGGCUCUUCAAACAGAAAGGAAUGAGCUCAACGAGAAGGUCGAAGUCCUGAAAGAGCAGGUCUCUGUUAAAGCAGCGGAUGGGGAUUUAGCAACACCUGGGAUGCAGCCAUGCCCUGCCCUGGAUCCUCAUGAGGAGCGGAACGCUUCCUGGAAAAGGGCCCCCGGGGUGCACCUGGCAGCCGAGCCCAAGGCAGCGAGCGAGAAGCCAAAGGCCCCAUGCACGGGCUCUGCUCCAGGCAUCGAGUCAGUUGACUAAGAUGAGGUGUGAUCACUGUAUUGAGAGAUAUAUUUUGUGUAUAACUUUCUCUGUUAGUAGUAACUAUUGGUUUUGUGGUGAAAAUUUUCUUACUUUUUCUACCAUAUCUGUAUUUUCUUAGAACUACUGGACUUAUGUGGUACAGGAGGCUGCUUAGCAGUUCUGAAUAGUUUUAAUCUAUGAAUUCUCCUCAGCUGUGUUGCACAUCUGCCUCACUGCCCCUUCAUCAGAAUGCAUGUGUUCAUUGCCUCGUCCUUUUUCUUCCCUACUCCUUGCACAUAAUUAUCCUAAUUAAAAUUUCACUCAAGACAGGGCCAUUACAAGGGAACUUUGUUCUGACAAUGGUUCUUUGAUGUGAAAACAUUAAUUUAAAUGUCUUGGUCCCCCAUUAAUAUUAUUCAAGAAAAGAAAAUAGCCCAUUUAAAUGCCAAGUAAAAAUAAAACUAGUAUUGGGUCAGAAACAAGCAUAGCAUAUUUGAUUCAAAUUAGAUGGCCACAGCCUCUAGAAUCCCUCUUAAGUUUUGGCAGAACAUGUACGUAAAGAUGUCACCUGUGAACAAAGUAGCGUAUACAAGCAAAUCACUGUCAGUGUGACUAUAAGUAGUUAUUCUCCUUGGGUUUCAGGUUAGAACCCAUGUGUGUACUCCCAACUACUGGGGGCUCUCUGCAUGGGGUGGUGGUUUAUGUUUGAUUCUCAUUUGAGAUUUGGGUAUAUAUUCUCUACUUCCCACAGAAAGCUAAAUCUUUUUGAAAACUGCCAUUGAUAUUUGUAGUCAAGUCCCUUGUUUAAGACAACGUGGGUGAAUUUUUGUCACUUUCAUUACACCAAAGUUCCUCCAUUAGUUCCUGGCUACUUGAAAGUUUAGUUGGAGUCCCACCAGUGAAGUACUCCAGGGUUUUUAAAAGGGAGUUUUAAUUUCAUGGAUCAGUGCUAACUGAAACUGAUUCCAUUUCCAAGACAGAAAACACUGGAACCAACAAUUUUAAACUUUGGGAAAACCUGGCAGGAGUGUUAGGUAGUGAGGAUCUAUCUCUUUUCUUUUUCUUUCUUUUGUUAGAGGCAGUCUCACUU